AUGUCUUCAGAAGAAAAUAUAAUAAAGCGAAAAAUUGUUAUCGUUGGCGAUGGAGUAGCCGGUAAGACGUCGUUACUCUACGUUUUCACCCUAGGCCAAUUCCCUACUGAGUACGUACCCACAGUGUUUGAAAACCUCGUCACUGACUGCCGAGUCGAUGGAAAAGCAGUGCAAUUAGGUCUUUGGGAUACUGCCGGUCAAGAGGAAUACGAUCGAAUGAGACCAUUAUCUUACUCCAAGGCAAAUGUGAUUCUUAUUGGCUUUGCCCUCGACAACCCUGAAUCUCUACGCAACAUUAGAUAUAAGUGGUACGAUGAAGUCACCAGAUACUGCCCAGGAAUCCCGAUCAUUCUUGUGGGCCUCAAAAAAGAUUUGAGAUUGGAUGGCACUAGCAAAUAUAUCCAGUACAAACAAGGUCUACAAAUGGCACAGGCGAUCGGUGCAAGAAAAUACGUUGAAUGUUCCUCAUUGACUGGCGAAGGCGUUGAUAAUGUGUUUGAGGUGGCCACCAGAACAAGUUUGGCUCUACCUCAGGAUAAUUCCUCGGGGUGUUGUACCAUACAGUAA